UCCCACUUCCCAUUUCCCAUUUCCUUUCUUCAAAAAACUUGAGAUUUAUCCUCAACCGUGUAGGGGUAAGCAUCCUUUUAUCAAUUUGUGGAAGAGAAGGCUUGAUCCGUCUGGGUUCCUCUCUCCAUGCCUCCAUUCUCAAAAACCACAAAUUCCUUCACCCUCAGAAUCCCGAUGAUUUCAAUGAAGGCCUCCUUAUCUGGAACUCUCUCCUCUCUGUCUAUGCAAAAUUUGGGGAUCAAGCUGAUGCUCUUAAGGGUGUUUUGGCUACUUCAACAGAAUGCAAAGCUCAGAGCUUUAUCGUUUGGACCAAGCAAUGAUAGAGAAGAGUUUUAUUACGUCAACAGGAUGAUACAUUGUUUAGCGGUUUUUGAUGAGGUGUUUGAAAUAAAUGUUAUUACUUGGACGGCGGUAAUCUCAGGUCUUGCAAAAAAUCAUUUCUAUGAGGACAGUUUGAAAUUGUUCGCCAAGAUGCAUUUGGGAUCAGUGGUUCUGAAUACUUUGAUUUAUAUGAGCUCGCUGGUGGCAUGUUUUGGUCUGCAGACACUUCGGGAAGGACGCCAAAUUCAUGGCCGUCUGUGGAAAUUGGGGAUUCAAUCUGACCUGUGCAUUGAGAGUGCUCUCAUGGAUAUGCAUUCAAAAUGUGGAAAUGUUAAAGAUGCGUGGCAGAUUUUUGAUUCUGCUCAAGAGAUUGAUGAGGUUUCCAUGACUAUAAUCCUUCUGAGUUCUUCACAAAAUGGAUUUGAGGUUGAAGCUAUACAGUUUUUUGUGAAAAUGUUCAAGGAAGGAAUCCAGAUGGAUCCAAACAUGGUGUCAGCCGUUCUUGGGGUAUUUGGUGAGGAUACCUCUUUGGGGUUGGCUUUUGCGCGUCAUGAGGACGGCCCUAAAGCUUUACAAUUAUAUGAAGAGAUGGUAUCAAAAGGGGUACAAGCAACUGAUGUUACAUUUCUCUCUUUGCUCCACGCAUGUAGCCAUGUUGGCCUUGUUGAAAAAGGCAUGGAGUUUUUGAGAUCCAUGUUUGAAGUUCACAGAAUAUAUCUCAGGACAGAGCACUAUGCUUGUGUUGUCGACAUGUUAGGCUGGGCAAGUCUCCUUAAUGAAGCUAAGACUUUUAUUGAAGGAUUGCCUAUGAAGCCUGAUGUUCAUGUUUGGCAAGCCCUACUUGGUGCCUGUAGCCUCCAUGGCAAUUCUGAACUGGGGAAAUAUGCGGCUGAUCAGUUGCGCUCGGCAACACUAAAGAACCCAAUACCAUAUGUUCUAAUGGCCAACAUAUAUUCUUCUGCUGGUGAAUGGAAAGACAGAGCUAGGACCAUCAAGAGAAUGAAGGAAAUGGGUGUGGUGAAAGAAAUUGGUAUUUUUUAGAUCGAGAUUGAAAAGAAAGUUCAUAGCUUUGUUGUUGGAGACAUGCAGAAAGCAUCCACAAGCUGGGGCAAUUUAUGGAGUUUUGCUGGAGCUGUUCGAACUCGUGUUAGAGGAAGGGUAAGUGUCGGAUAAAAGGUUUAUUUAUUC